UUGGUCAAGUCUGCAACACUAUAGCUGCCCAAAUCCACUUGGCUGGAGCGCGUCAAUUAAUAUUGUUUAUAACACACCUAAUAAGACUUAAUCAUUAAUAACUAUAGAACAUUUCUUCUUCCUAAUCUUUAUAUAUGUAAUACUCACAUCCAUCAGAAUUAAGCAAAACGCAAAAACCAAAGAUGGGUGAGAUGAUCAAAGCCAGACGCAUACUCCUCUUCUCCAUCGUAUUCCUCUUCUUCUUCUCUCAGGCCUUUCUUUUGUGUUCAGCUGAGGGUGAGCAUGGCUCAAGAAAUCUCGCAGUGGUGAUGAAGAAAAGGGUGAAAUACAGAGGACCUCGCAACACAACAACAUCCUCUGCAGCCUCAACUAUUAUGUUCCCAGGCUCCUUCCAUAUUGGUGCUGCUUCCUCUUUACUCCUUGCUCUUCUUUUAUAAGCUCCCUUGUAGUGAUCAUUAUUGUACUGUUUGACAAUGAUUCAUGUAAUUUGCUUUUCUCGAUUGAUUUUGUAGAAAUUUCUCAAAUGGUCUAAAAUUCUGUUUGUAAAUUAUUUGCUCUGUUUCAGUAUUGUGAAAGUUAAUAAGAUAUUUGAAGCUAACACAAACAAAAAAAGCAGUCGGAGAAGCUUCUCCGAUCCCUAUGUUUCAUUCCAGUUGUUUCUUAUCUAUAAGAAAAGUCAAAAGUAUAUGGUCACUUGUCCCACAUCUCUACGUAUUUGUUUCACCUUAUCACAAUCCUAUAACCAAGUCACAUAGAUCUUACUACACAUGCAAACAAUUCAUCACAGAACCAAGCUGCAUGAUUCUAAAAGCAUCUCUUGACAACCUGGUUGCUACAGCUGUGUUGAUCAAACCAUCACUCCAGGUCACGAUCGCCCCA